UCAAAUUCAGUUGGGUAUUCAGUGAGAUAUGAUUUGAUUUAAUGCGCUGACAGCUGCACCUGGCAAACACGUUACACUGAGUGGAGCUGGCGACCGGUCCAAGAUUUCGGCUCGUUCGUGCCAAUAGGCAGAAGCGUUCGAUGGGGCGUCUAUCUAUAUAUAUGUCUAUGGUCCACACAGCCAUGUUUAGUUGUUGUUAUUUUCGGUUUACCCUCACAGCCUCGUUUUCGAUUAAAAAUGGCGGCGGGCUGAAUAAGGCGUAUAUGGAAUUGUGAAUGAUAGAAAGGAUUGUUGAUAUCUACGUCAGUGCAGAGGCUUUAAGAGACAUGAAACAUAAGAAAGAGACAGAAGACUUCAACACAGAAGAACCCCGAACACCUCGACACACAGGAAGUGAUGGUGUGACGAUCUCCAGAGCAGCUGGUGUGUGUUUGGUGCUGAUGUUUGUUCUUCUGACGACUGCAGUCAUAGUGCUGUGUGUCACUAAAGAGAGAGACCAGUUAAAAUCAGAAAGAAAUGAUCUUCAGAAGUGUUUGCCAGAUGGAUGGAAGUGUCAUCAAUCCAGUCUUUACUACUUUUCUUAUGAGAUGAAGAACUGGGAUGAGAGCAGAAGAUACUGUAGAGAGAGAAAAGCAGAUCUGAUCAUCAUCAACAACAGACAGGAACAUGAUUUUGUGAAUAAUAUUUGUGGUUCUGAUCAUUUCUGGAUUGGUUUGACUGAUGUUGAAGUGGAGGGCAGAUGGAAAUGGGUUGAUGGCAGCACACUGACCUCUGGGUUCUGGGCGUCUGGAGAACCAAACAACAGCCAGACGACUAUCAGGGAAACGAAGACUGUGCUAACACUCAUUCAUCAGGAUGAUCUGAACUAA